GAGGCGGGGCAGCGGAGGAGAGAGGCCCCGCUCGGGGAGGGCCGUUAAGUACCAGACGUUUGGCAGCAGCGAGCAGAGGAAGUUGCUGCCGGGGGAGAGCAGAGUCCGCUCUCGCAGAGGAGCAGCGCAGCCAGGGCCCCGCCAUGGCCCGCACGGCUCCGCCGUCCGUGCCGCCCCCGCCGGGGCCGGCGUCCCGCGGCUCCCUGAGCAUUCAUCGCGCCUACCUCCGCAGCCCGCUGGGCCUGCUGCGCCUGGGGCAGCUGGUGAUGGGCGCUGCCUUCUGGGUCACCGUGGCGGCUCACAAGUACGAGGGGGCAGCCCACUUUGCGCUCUUCGCCGCCGUCCUCGUCUGGCUCCUCACCCUGGCUCUCUUUGGGCUCAGCCUGCUGGGCCGCUGGGCGCUGGUGCCCUGGCUUGGCUCCCGCUGGCUCCUCACCAACCUGGUGCACGACCUGGUGCUGGGCGUGGGGCUCUAUGCGGCCGCCACUGGCAUCAUGGGCUACAAGGCUGGGCGCAAAAGCUACUGCAACCUGCCUGGCUACAGCCAGCACUGCCUCUACAGUGCCUACCUGAGUGCCUCGGUCUGCGGGGGCAUCGCUGCCUGCCUGUACCUCUUCUCUGGGCUCUACUGCCUCUCACGGCGCUGCCGGGACCAGCGCGACAUCGUCUGAGACCCUGCGGCGCUCAGCUGUUCUUCUCGCGCGUGGACGCACCACAGCCCCUCUUUUGGACAAAGUGACCCUGCUGCCCCAUCCUCUCCUGGCUGACUGCACCACGCUUCCUCCAGAGACUCCUGCGCAGACGGAUGGACAGACAGACAAAGGCCUUCCCUGGAGCACAGCUUCCCCUGUACCCUGCCAGGACAGCAUGGACACCCCCACCGCUGCAUAGAUGCCUCUCCUUCCCUGUGGAUGGAUGGAUAGAUGGACAAAGGCUAUUGCAAGCCAAAGGACCCAAGCGGAGACUCCCUCAGAGGGACUGCAGCUGCUGGGAGCCCCCCCCCCGGGGUCUCCCACCCCGUACCCCUGCCCCAGGCCUUGCAGAUGCUGCGUGCUCAGGUGGGUGCCAACUCUGUCCCCAGGGUGGAGGGAGCCUGGGUCCGGGGAGCUGAGCGAGCGGCCGGGGUUUGCCGCAGGUCUGGGUGGGCAUAGCCCCCUCCUGCCACUCCCAGCUGCCGCUGCAGCUCCCUAAUGGAGGCUCUGCUCUCUGCUUCCCCGGCCCGGGCCCCUCCUCCCGUCUGGCCUGAACACGUCUGCGUCUUCUUGGAGCCCACGGCGCCGAGCCUCUCCCUGCCCCGCGCUGUCCCGCUGCUGCCGAGACAGCCCGGACGCCGCGCCGGGUGCUGGGCCUCAGCCGGCCCCCACGUCACCCUGGCCCCCGACACGCUGUCCUGCUCGGGGGGCUGAGUCCCCGCGGGACAGUGACACCUUGUCGCCACUGGUGCCCGGCUUGCCCUGCCGUGGGGAGGGAGGUGGCGAGCUGGGUGCGUAGCCUGCUCCUGUGACCCUGGGCAGGGGGCAAAUUCCUCCGGGCUCAGGGUUCACGUUGCCCUGGGUGUGCAUCUGGGGCAGAAGGGGGCUUUUGUCACCCCAGCCUGGCGCUCGCUGCCUCUGCUCCGCAUCCCGGGGUGCCGGGGCUGCUGUCCAGGCCCAGCCUGAAGCUCCAGUUUAGACUGCUCAUCCUGAAAAACUCUUGUCUUGGGACUCUCCGGCUCCACUCCGGGGCCUGGAGGCUGCGACGAGGUGGAGGAAGGGGGCAGCCCGCAGCGUGCAGGAGCCCACGGCCUUUACCGCAGCGAGCGCCGGGCUGCCGGAGACACCGCGGCCCCGAGCCCGGGGUGGGUGACCUGGGAAGCUGCUGAGGAUGCUGCCGGGCUCUGAGAGCGGGAGGGGAGGGUGGCGGGACAUGGGGCCAGCCCUGGACUGGCCUCCACAGCCCAGCAGGUGCCAAAUCCCGCGGGCUCCAUUUGGGGCCGGCGGCGGGGAGCGGGAGCGCCGGGGCUGCCGGAGGCUGGGAAUUGGCGCGGGAGCUCCACGCAGCGGGUGCCUUCGGCCGCGCGCCGCCCUCGCCGCCGCCUGCCCAGGAGGGCUCGGGAUGGAGAGCAGCAGCGUGACCCCCCUGCCAGGCUCACGGGGUCUGGGGCUGGCGCUGGGGCACUCUGUCCCUCGGGUGGUGCUGCCCCCUCGCCGGUCCUGUGCUCAGAGGCCCCUUCCCUCCCCCCCCCGCCCCGGGCCACCUCCCCCUUCCCUGGGCAGGAGGCGCUGACCCUUCCCCACGUGUCCGGGCUGGUCCCGGACACCGCCUGCCCCGCGCAGCCCAGUGUGGCCGGGGCUGCCCGGGAUGCCCCCCAAGCCGUGUGCUGCCCGUAGUGCCUUCUCCCGGCUCCUCUAGCCCUGCCUGUCGCGCCCGGCCCUGCCCUCCUCCAGCUCCCUCUCUGGUGCCUGUAAGUUCAUCUUCCAAAUAAAGCAACGUUGGCGCAG